UCUUGGAGGAUCUGAAACUGAAAUGGAAAAAGGACAGGAGCUAAAGAUAAAAAGGGGAUGUGUCCCAGAUCCUUUCACAAGAACCCUUGCAGGAAACUUCUGCUUCUCCUCGUGGGCAUUUCUGAGCAGGACGCUGGCGUGUCCUGCUCCAUCUCCCCACCUGAUCAACAAGGAGCUCAAGAUGUGGACCGCGUGGGCCAUGCUGAUCUGCCUGGCUGGAGGGCAGCUUGCCAGUGCCACGCGCUGCAAGACCUACGGCACCGUCCCAGGCAUCCCAGGGCUACCAGGACAGCCUGGCACCGAUGGCAGGGAUGGGGAGAACGGCCCAAAGGGUGAGCAAGGACCCCCCGGGCAGAGUGCAUCAGAGAGAGGGGAGAAGGGAGACCCGGGGCCACCGGGACAGCCUGGGAAGGUCGGUCCCGGUGGCAUCCCAGGCAUGUGGGGCCCACCAGGUAGCAGGGGGAUGCCUGGCCCCGUGGGAGAGCCUGGCGACUACAAGAUCACCUUCAAAUCCGCGUUCUCCGCCGCCAGGAGCCUCAGCUCCUACCCCCGCCGGGAUCACCCCAUCCGCUUCGACCGCAUCAUCGCCAACGAGAACGGCCACUACGAGAACCGCUACGGCCGCUUCACCUGCCGCGUGCCAGGCACCUACUACUUCACCUACCACGUCACCUCCCGCGCCAACCUGUGCCUCAACAUCAAAAAGGGCCGGGGUGCCAGCAGGGGGGACAGGGUGGUGACCUUCUGUGACUUCGUGCAGAGCAGUUUCCAGGUGACCACGGGCGGUGUGGUCCUCAAGGUGGCCAUGAACGAGUCUGUCUGGCUGGAGCCAACGGAGAAGAACUCCUUGGUGGGGCUGGAGGGGUCUGACAGCAUCUUCUCUGGCUUCCUCAUCUCCCCUGAGGCUUAGCCCACUGGAGCUGUGUCUGUGGCCGACCUCUGCAGUCCCUGCAGAGCUGAGGACUCCCCUGGAAACUCUGUGCUCCCAGAUCGGUGCUUGAAGCACUCUGCUGCCAUUCUUGCACAAUAAAUGACAGCAAUUCGCACUGCUGGCCCCUC